UUUGAUUUCAAUUUUAAAUUCAAUUCAUUCAUUUGAAACCUAAACAUUUUCAAAUCCUAAAAAAGCCAAGGAAAGAUUGUAGUAUUUGAAUAAUAUUAGUGCCGUCAUCUUAAAUUUGUGAAUAAUAAAAUGACCAAGAAACGAAGAUUGUCGGGUUCAAGUCCUGUUAAAAUUGAAGUAAAGGAAGAAAAUACUAUGGGCAAUGAUUAUCUCAUGGCAAAAGGACGUCUCAAAGGGGUUCUGAAACAGCUCACGGAACAGUCUUCGGAAGAAAGUGAUUCUUCAGAAGAUACCAAAAAAAAUCAAAGAGAAUUCUCAAAGAAACGUCCAAUUGAAAAUAUGCCUACUCCCUACCAUCAUACCUACGUUAUGAAACUAUAUGACAGAAGUGUAGAUUUAGCUAGGUUCGAGGAGGAUACCCCAUUGUACCCCAUCUGCAGAGCAUGGAUGCAAAACGUUCCCCAAAAUCCACAACCUGUCAUCAAGAGAAGAUUAUCUUCACCAGAACCAUCAACGCCCAGUUGGAAUGAUUCGAUAUCUGAUCUGACUAGACUACCCCCUCCUACUGGUCCUGUUGAUACACGAAUUCCUUCGCCACUUCCUGAACAACAACAAGAUAGAGAUAACAUCAAUUUGAACUAUGAGGAGUGUCCACCAGUUGCUAAAAAUAUUUUGAUGCAAAUGCACCAGGAGAGGUGGGCUAAAGUAAGAAAGAAAUGGAUUGAAACUGCCUCAAGAAAUGAAGCAAGAUAUUCUAGAAGUACACAGGCUCUUCACACAAUUUAUAAUAAAGCUCAAGAGGAAUCAUCCUGAAACGUCAAGGUUAGAAAAAAUUAAAGACUCCUGUAUGUUACUUUUUUAAUAAAUAAGAUACUGAUUUUUUUAUUCCUAA